AAUACCAAGCGGGAGAAUAGCAAGAACUGAAUUUUUUUUUCAAAAAAAAAAAUUUUGGGGUAAGAAGAACAGCAAGAAUUGAUGGCAAUACCAUAGGCUAGAAAUAUAUGGGUACCACUUGGUAUAGUAUAGGGUAUUACUACUUCCAUCAGUUCUCUUUUACUUCAAUUUCACGGCGCGAACGCUAUUAAUUUACCAGUUUUCAAUUACGACCAACUCUUGCGGCCACUGACUCACCCCCACGGGCCAAACGAAAAAUGAUACGAUAACAAUAAUAAAAAUUGCAUCAAAUCUAUAACAAUAAUAACAAUUCAUUUUCUUUCUUUCUUUUUUUUUUUCUGGUCUAGCAUCAAAUCUAAUCUUGCAUCGGGUGAAUUGCGCCCCACCUCUAUCAAUCUUCAGUCUCUGCCAAAUUCUGGUGGAAGAUCGACGAUCUUCUCCUCCGAUCCAAAUAGUUUAGAAACUAAAAAGCGAAAGCUUUCCUUUUCCCCCAGCAGCAAUAAUAAGAAAUACAAACAAAAACAAGCCAAAGGCGAAUAACUUGGGUUUUAGAUUGAAUUCUCGUCAUACAUGGAUCCGCCAAGCUCUUGGGACUCUCUGCGGAAACAGGCAAGGAAGCUGGAAGCACAAUUGGAUGAGCAGAUGCAUUUGUAUCGUAAAUUAGUUGCUACAAAGAUUGAUAGCACUAGUGACAGUGAUCUUGAAUCUGGAAUAGAUCAAUUGCUCAAACAUCUUCAUCAAGUGAAUUUGCAAAUGCAAGCUUGGGUUUCAUCAGGAGGAUCAGAAAUAUUUUCUCAUACAUUAACUCGACAUCAAGAAAUUCUUCAAGAUCUUACUCAGGAGUUUAACCGGCUGCGCUCCAGUCACAGAGCUAAGAAAGAGCAUGCUUCAUUGCUAGAGGAUUUCAGGGAGUUUGAUCGGACAAGAUUAGACUUGGAAGAUGGUGGUGGUUCUUAUGAGCAAGCCCUACUAAAGGAGCGUGCAUCUGUUACUAGGAGUACAGGGCAGAUGGACACUGUCAUCUCUCAAGCUCAAGAAACCCUAAAACUCAUGUUUCAACGGUCUACAUUUGGGGGCAUUAAUUCAAAGCUUAGUAAUAUUGGCAGCCGCCUUCCAACAGUCAACCAUAUACUUUCAGCCAUUAAGAAGAAAAAGUCGAUGGAUACCAUCAUCCUCUCAUUAGUUGCCGCUGUCUGCACGUUUUUAAUCCUGAUUUAUUGGUUAACAAAAUAGCAAGCAAUCUGCUUUCUCAUUCGGGUGCCUUGUAGCAUGUUUUUCAGUAUAUUGUAUUGAUUGUACAUGCCGUCUGGUUUGUCAAUAAAUUUUUUACAGGGUGUGUUAGUAUAAUUAUAUGCAAUGGCUAUUAACUUGAGACCCUCC